CUGCGUUUCUAUUGGCUAAGCCUCAUAUCCAUCAUCACUCCACCAGAGAUCUUUUUAGCUCGAACCGCAGAAGUCGGCUGAUGCAAUGAAAAAGAAAUUGAUGUUUGUAGGCCUACUUAUACUGAUGCAACAUCUUGUAUCUUGAUUGUGACAAUACUACUCUGCAUGGUCAUCUUAAUUUCCCCCCCAAAUCUAUACUUGAAAUUGAUUCUAAAUUAUAACCAUACCUCACACAAUUAAUUUGUGUUUCCAAACGGAGUGUAUGCUGCAAUCAUUUUGUUUGUAAUUAGUAAACUGCCGAAGCUCAUAAUUGCAGCCAUUUUCACUGCAUUGAAAUCUACUCGUCAAGGACUGACUUUCCUUGCAGAUGCAGCGGAACUCGCAAGAUCUCAGUGCCCUGCAUAUGCAGCAAGUGUGGAACCUUCUUUUGCUUGCCAUGUUGUACGGGGGAACCGUCUGCGCUGCGUAACCAGAAAUCAUUUUGAAUUACAGGAUAACCAGACGUAAAUCACGUGGACAAACAUCACGUUUGCAACUAACUUGACCAAGAAUGCCGACAGACACUAAAAGGGUACGAGGCCCAGAAGUAUCUCAAAGUCCGUCUAUCUUCUGCCAAUCGCCACCAAAGCGUCCCGUUGCCGAUUCUCGGAUAGAUGGGAGGCAACGAGGCCAAGUGGACGUCCGACCCGUGUUUGUCCGCUGCGGGCUGGUCAGUCAAGCAAAAGGGUCAGCCUACAUAGAAGCGGGGAACACAAAACUGAUGUGCUGUGUCUACGGCCCCAAGGAAAUUGAACGAAAGGACGAGCUAGAUAUGAAAUGCGGGAGAAUGAUGACUGACAUGAGAUUUGCCCCGUUCUCCUGUAGGGAGAGGGGGUCGUGGAUCCAGGGCAGUGAAGAGAAAGACCUGUCGCUGAUGCUACUAGAAAGCCUGAGGCCAGGGGUGCGCCUCCACAAGUACCCCCGUUCCCAGAUCGAGGUGAACGUAAUGGUGCUGGAAAAUGACGGUUCAGUCUUGGCUCACGCCGUCACGUGUGCAUCCCUCGCACUAGCGGAUGCUGGUAUCGAGAUGUACGACCUGGUCCUUGGGUGCUCUAUCCGACAGGACGGCGCCACCUACCUGAUAGACCCCACUUGCGUAGAGGAGAGCAGCAGCACAGUGGCUUCGGGAAGCGGUGAGAACCAAGGCAACCUUACCGUUGCUUUCCUCCCUAGCCUAAACCAGAUAUCGGGUUUGCAGUCGGACGGCGAGAUGGACGAGGAGACUCUGACUUCCGGAGUGCGCAUCUGCAUCGAGGGCUGCUUUAAAUUAUACCCAGUCAUCCAGCAAGCUCUGUCCAGAGCCGUAAGGAGGCAAGCCCCUCCACCCGAGAGUUGAGACUGGGUUUCAUUAACCCAAACCAAUGCAUAGUGUUUUCAUGCAAUGUUGGUUGUCAGUGAUUAAGUUGAUAUGUAAAUUCUUUAUUAAAAAAGUAAAACAAG